AUGACAGAAACUCACACUACUAUAAAGGUGGUGCGAGAUGAAGACCUAGAAAAACAUAUUGGAAAGGAUAUAUGUUUUGAUCUUGUGGCCCUUGACAAGGUGAAAAGUUUCUGUGUUUCAAAGGUUAUAACCUUUAAUCAUUUCAAGAAAAAGCUAGCUACUAUGUUUGGCAUACCAGCUCAAUUCCAGCGCUUUUGGGUUUUUGCAUGGCGGCAAAACAAGACCUUUCGUCCAUCUCGGCCAUUGACAUACAUCGAGGAAUCAAGAUCUUUGACAGUGGGAAUCAAUGAAGAAUUUGAAUUGGAAAGCGAAGCAGGAUUAAUAUUGUUUCUGGAAGUGGAGCGUGGGCUGGAUUUAUGUCCCGUUCCACUUCUUUACCUGGAAAAGAAUGAUAUAUUACUUUUCUUCAAGGUGUAUGAUUUUGAAAAAGAGACACUACGUUAUGUUGGAAGGCUCUUUGUGAAAAGUAGGAGUAAGCCAUCAGACAUUUUAGCAAGAUUAAAUGAAAUGGCUGGUUUUGACCCUGAUCAAGAGAUUGAACUUUAUGAGGAAAUUAGUUUUAAACCAAAUGUGAUGUGUGAACCUGUUGAUAAGAAACUUACAUUUAAAGCAAAUGAGUUAGAAAAUGGUGAUAUUAUAUGUUUUCAAAAAUCUUCGGCUAUGGAUAAUGAGAAACAUUUUCCUUUUCCUGAUGUGCCUUCAUACUUGCAAUUUGUGCACAUUUAUGAGCUUCCUAUUUCUUCCUUCAGCCAAAGAAUUAGAAGAUCAAAAAUCAUGGGGGAGCAAACCAAAAUCGUUAUAGCUGAAGAACCGAAUGUUCACAGAAACACUGCAGCUCAAUAUUCAGAAGUGGACAUAGAGACCAUUAAAGAUCAAAGUUCCAGCAAAAGCAACAAUUCAAAGUUCAUCAUCGUAGACUCUGAAGAAGUUGAUGCUUUGAUAGAGGAUGAUGUCAUUGAUGUAAUCGACAAAGUUUUAUCAGAAGAGAUCACCAUUUCACUACCAUCUCAGCAUUCUUCCCUAGGACAAGAAGCAAGGAAACUGGAUCCCAACCUCCCUCAGCAACUUCUUCAGGAAUUGAGGGACAUUGCCUUUAAAGAAGACUUGGUUGAAAAAUUUAAAGAAGGGUGCUCUCAAAAAGUUAACUUCAACUUCACUGCCAUCAAGGAAAGAAUUGACGCCAACGCAGAUGCGUUCACCUCUUGGCAAUUAGAACAUGUCAAUGUUAUUGUUAACCUUCUCAAUAAAAUUGUGAGUAUGUUUGACAAACUUGAAAAUUUGAAAAAAGAGCGAGUCACAGCCAAAAAGUGCACUGAUGAAGAUAACCAAGAAUUGAAGAGGAAAAGACAGAAAAUACUGACUUCAAAAAUUUCCUUAACCAACAAACAAACAGAGCUCAAAUCUCUAGAUGCUGAAAUUGCUGAUCUUAAAGACAAACUUGAAAAAUUACAAGGCUACAGGGUUAAAAUGGUUGAAAUCCAAGAUCAAGAGAAAGGUAACAUCACAUCUUUCAACAAAGAAGUUAAAUCAAUUAUAUAUCGCCUUGCUGAUGAUAAAAUGAAGUUGAAAAGUGUUGAAUCUAAUAUCUUAGAGGCCCAAACUGAAUUAGAAAGUCAUAAGAAGGUCUACAAGACCUUUAGGACAAUUCCUCCAUUUUGA